AUGAUAGGAAGCCUAAUUUAUGCCAUGACCUGUACAAGGCCUGAUUUAAGUUGGAUUGUAAGCAGACUGUCUCAAACUCUGUCAAACCCCAGAACGGGAGAUUUAAUUGCUGCCAAACAUGUCCUAAGGUAUCUAAAGGGUACCGUGGAUUAUGAACUCUGCUUUAAGAAAUCUGAUGCUGACUUGCAGCUCACUGCUUAUAGUGAUUCAGAUUGGGCCUCUUGCCUGGAAGACAGGCGAAGUACUACAGGUUACUGUUGUACUCUAACUGAAGGAGGACCACUGAUUUCAUGGAAGUCGAGAAAGCAACCAACGGCUGCCAUUUCCACUUGCGAAGCUGAAUAUGUAGCUUUAGCAAAUACAGCUCAAGAGUGUUUGUAUCUAACUCAAUUGUUAAACGGUAUGUAUAAGAAAGUACAUCAGAGUAUGAAGGUAAGUGUUGAUAACCAAGGGGCAAUUGAACUAAGUAAGAACCCAGUUAACAGACAACGUUCUAAGCAUAUUGACAUAAAGUACCACUUUGUACGUGAAAUGUAUGUUAAAGGCAUGAUCGAUAUUGUAUAUUGUCCUACCCAAGAUAUGGUAGCUGAUAUCCUAACAAAGCCACCGACAAAAUGUAAACUAGAUAAUUUUAAAAGUAUUGUGUUCGGUUGUGGUAAUUAGUUUAUAUUCUGAUAACAAGUGAGGGUGUUGAGUUCAAUAUAAAACUGUAUGUUAUCCAAAUAUUAGUAUGACGUAAUACUGAGAGACAAAUGCAUGAUGGGAUUGUUGUGUUGUUAGUUGAACUUCCUCGUGAAAGCAACUUACUGUACAAAACUAUAUUUGUAAUAAACGUGAAAAUAAAGAGUGAU